AUGCUGCAGCAGCAGCAACCGCAGUACUUCCCUCCACCGCCGGUGGUGGUGGGCCACAUGGCCGCGGCCGCGGGAGGCGGACUCGGCGGGAGCGGCGGGCUGGGCCUGCAGGAGGACCUGCGGGCGAUGGCGGGCGUGGCGGCCCUCGAGGGUCCGCAGCUGGCGCUGGUGCGGCAGACGUCGUCGGUGGUGGAGCGCGUGUCCCGCAACGGCCUCCAGAAGAACGUGCACGUCGUCGUCAAGGCCUGCCCCUUCGCCCUCCACAUCGCCCUCGCCCAGCCGCCCCGCCCCGCCUCCGCCACCGACGCCCCGCCGCCCCUCAGCCUCAAGUGGCUGGCGCUGGAGGCGUCGCUGGUAUACGACAGCGAGGCGCUGAAGCCGGUGUCGUUCGUGAAGACGAAGCCGAUCGAGUACAAGCCGGUAGUGAACGAGAGCGGGGACCAGGUGACGCUCAACAUGAAGAUCAAGGUGCUCACGUCGCAGCACGAGGACAUGUUCUUCCGGGUGCGGGUGGCCGCCCUCCAGCAGAAGACCCGGCAGCCGCUGGUGCCGCCCCUCGAGCUCGUGUCGGAGCCCAUCAAGGUCAUCUCCAAGCCCAAGCAGUCCAAAAAGAAGACACAGUCCAAGAAGCGCUCCCUCAACGACCUCCUCAUCGAGGCCGUCCACCGCAUCGAGCUACACCAGCGCCGCCAGCACCGCCUCGUCGACCACCUCCUCAAGCGCCGCCGCCUCAACCCCGACGCCGCCGCCGCCGCGAGCUCGCUCCUGAUGCCACCCCUGGGCGACUCGUCGAGCCCCGAACCCCUCCUCCCACUCUCCCACUCCCACCCGUUCCCGCUGCCCUCCUCCUCCUCGUCGUCGUCGUCUUCCGUGCCGCCGGCCCCCUCGCCCUCGCUCUCGCUGCCGUCGCCCUCGCUCGCCUUCUCCAGCGGCAGCGGCGGCAACGGGAGCCCAUUCGGCGUACCGUCCCCGUCCUCGUUGAUGAUGGGCGCCGGCUUCCACGCCGCGCUCCACGUCCAGCAGCACCCGCGCCUCCCGUCGCCGCCGCGCUCCCUCCAGAUCCGCAGCAACGACGACGACGAGGCCGAGGAGGAGGACGACGACGACGAAGACUCGGACGGCUCGGCCUGCCUGGCCCGCUCGAUGAGCAGCGAACUGCACGGCCACAGCCACCAUCACCACGCCUAUGGGCAGCAGGACGCGGCCAACGACCCGUCGCUCAUGCACCCCACCACGACCACGACGACGAGCAGUUCCGCAGCGGCGGAGCCGGUGGACGAGCUGGAGCAGGGCCUGGAGCAGUUCCUGGCGGUCUACGCGCGGCUGCCGUUCGAAGAAAGGGCGGCGCGCAUCCGGCGCUUCAUGCGACGGGCCUCAUCCCAGGACGCCGAGCGUGUGGGGACCUUCUUCACGUGCGCCGUCACCGCACUCAACCCACUCAAGCAGGUCAAGAAGGAGCCCUCCGACCACAACCCCUCCGAAGGGUGCGCGUGCGUGGUGUGUCCGCACCAGCAGGAGCUGGCCAGGAUAGACCAGUUCUACAAGGACUUCCUCACCGUCGACUUCCCCGUCUUCGGCUCCUCGUGA